AUGGGUCGGUGUGAAUCUUCAAGGGUAUCUGUUGGAUCAAGGGGCAAAGUCUAUGCACGGCCUUCCAGGGAUUAUCCAAGAGGGAAUUGCCGCAUCUUCUCCUACUGCGCCGCUGCCAAUGCGAGCGUUUUCCACAAGAACUCCGCGCUGGAGGUGUACGUCAGCGCGCCGGCGUUCGCAGAAUGGGAAAAGUUCGCGAAGGACUUUGAGGCCGCUCUCAACAUGAUGGGUGUUGUCCUCCACAAUGUCUUGCACGACAAGCCGGAGCGCGACGCGGACAAGCGUUACAUCCUCGCCGUCGCCUACCUCCAGGCAGAGACUUUGGCGCAUCCCGCUUACGAGCGGGUUACGUUCGCCGACCUCGCGCGCCUGGUCUACACAAUCGAGACACAGGGAGCCGCCCUCGAUCUCGUCCACCGGAGCCGACAUAAAAUUCCUCCUCUUCCACUCAACGGCAUCGCCCUCACCCUCUGCCAGCAGGAAUAUCCGGAAUUCAGCUCGUACGUUGCCACAAUGGCAAGGAUCUGGAGGGCACCCGACAUCCCUAAACUCCUCGGCCCACUCAUCUUCCGCUGCAGAGACAUCACACCUCCCCUGUCCGCCGAUCAGCCCGCACCCUCGAAGACCUACAUGGCCAUCCCGGGCACGUAUCUGAACUAUCGGGACUGGCCCUCCAUAUGGGAUCAGGAAGGUCAGGUGGGUCACGAAGAAGCUGUGGGGAGCCGGGCGGAGAUCGACGUUCUUGCGGGCGAUCCUGAGCCGGCGCAGAACGACUCGGAGGCGGAUAGCGGAGGGGAAGACUCAGAUGGAGGGAGCGAGGCGGAUGACGAGGCAGAUGCCGAUGAUGGGGACUCUGGCGGGGAGGAUAGUGAGCCGGUGAAGCAGCCUAAGCGGUGGAAAGGCAAGGGAAGGGAAAUCGACUGUGGCGCCACUGCCACCAGCGGCCCGUGCGUCGCUGCCUUACCCAAGAGCGGUCCAUCUACCUCGAAAGUGGCGCCUAUCGUGUCGCUUGUCCCGUAUUUGGACAGCGACGACGAGGACGAGGAUUAG